AUGUUGCUCACUCUAAAUGGACCUGUCUCUGGACUCCCUGUGUCUCAGCUCCAUGUUCCCAUGCCGAUGAGUAUGCCAAUGGCGGCCGACCAUUCACACAAGAAGAGAAAGCUUGAUAAGGCGGAUCGUAAACCAAGGACGCCGUCAGCUUAUAACUUGUUUGUGAAGGAGGAGGGAGAUAGGAUGCGCCAGACAGGACAGUUCGACUCGCAGACAGAUCUGAUGAGAGAGCUGGGAGCAGCAUGGAAGCGACUAACUCCGGGUGAACGACUCGUGUGGGAAAACAAGGCGAAAACGCAUGAAGCCGAAGGUGGGGACGUAGGCAUUGAAAGCAGCUCAGUCCCCGAUACGGAGGAACCAGAAGAAGCAACAGAAUCAGAAGAGAAGAAGAAAAAGAAGACCUAA